GAGCAAGUCCAUUGAAGGUUCAAAGGGGGGUCAUGGGCUGAGUUUCAUAGGAUUUUUAAUCCAAAAGAAAAUGAAAAAUGGAUCUUUAUCUCUGAACCGGGCCGUUGGAGAGAGCCCGCAUGAAACGAGUUCAAGCCACGUGGAGAAGAGUUAUUGGCUGUUGAGACGCGCGUUGUCCACGGGGAAUGGAGAAGAAACGCGUGAAUCUCCUCAUUUCCUCCUCUCUCCAAAAAAGCAAGGGUUUGCGACUCGAGAGGCGAUUCUUGUAGCGACGCCGACGAUUCUUGUAGCGACGCCGAUCCAGAGCACAAUUGUCCAUCAAAUCGACGACGUAGUGAGAUCUCAUCGAGCUGAGAUGGAUCCCGCAGAAGAAAGACGACAUUCAAAGAAGCAAAAGGAUCACUGCGACAUGUUAGGGUUUGUCGCGGAUUCACAGUACGGGGUUCCAAGAAAGUGUGCUUGCGGCGGGAGAAUCAUUGACGAGGUUCGAGGGAAGGAAGACUACGACAGUCUUCCUGGAAAGCGUUUCUUCACAUGCGUAAACUAUGAGGAUGAUGGGUUGCAUUACCGUCAUCCUUGGGUGGUUGCUGUCCAGGAAGAGAUCAAAACGCUGAGCACGCGUCUGGAUGAGGCAGAGGAGGUUAUGAAGGGGGUGUGGAAACUCAAUAAACGGAUUAAGGACCUAGAGGUAAGUGUAUCUCCUUGCUGUAGUUAUUUGUUACAUUGUACUUGUUGAGUCAGUAAGUUAAAACACAGCAUCAUUGUUGUUUCCAUGUCCAGGAAGAGGUUUCAACCCUGUC